UAUAUUCUCAUUUUUCACAAAUUGUUGACCCUUUUUUUAUUCUCCAUUAAAAGAGUCUCGUCUCGAGAAAUUGAUUGAUUUCAGAUAUUUGUGUGUUAUUCUAUAUACAGUUUCGAUUUUUCAUUCAAAUUUGUCUACAAUGGCUACUGCUAUGGGAAUGGUGGGAAGUAUUGGGGGUUGUGGAGCAGCCUCUGCAUCUCUAUUUCGAUUCAGGAACUCAGGGAAGAAGAACACCAGAAACAACAAAAAUAGAUUUAGGGUUUCUUGUGUUUAUUCAUCCGCUGCCGUGGAGGAUCCGUACAAGACCUUGAGGAUUCAACCCGGUGCAUCUGAAUCUGAAGUUAGAAAGGCCUUUAGACAGCUUGCUCUUAAGUAUCACCCAGACGUAUGCAGAGGAAACAAUUGUGGCGUCCAAUUUCACCAAAUUAAUGAAGCUUACGAUGUUGUGAUGAGUAACUUGAGAGGUGAAACACGAGCGGAGUUGGAGAUGGUUGAUGAGUAUGAUGAUAGUAGUAAUGAUGAAUCAAUGAGAGGAAUGUAUGAACCAGAUUGGGAUCUAUGGGAAGAGUGGAUGGGAUGGGAAGGUGCUGGCAUUCGUAAUUAUACUUCCCAUGUUAAUCCUUACAUAUGAUCUUUAAUUUAAUCAUCUUAUUAGUCCAAAACCCAAAAUUCAAAACCCACCACCCAUCCUAUUUAAAUCAAAGAUGGCUUGAGGUUUAUGUACAUAUUCAAUAGGAAGUUGAGGGAGUUCUAUUUGUACAUAUUUGGGAUUCCCCCCUUGUUUCUUCUUAGCAACUGUAUUGAUGUGGCGAUGCAUCUAUCGUUCAUAAAUAAAACAUUAAAUUUCUUAU